GAGGCGGCGGUGGCGACCGUGAUGGAGGCGGCUGUGAAAGCCGCGCCGGGGGCGGAAGGCCGCGCCCGAGUCUGCGGCCGCAGCUGCGCGCCCGGCAGUGCCACAGCUGACAGCCGCAGCUGCAGCACGGAGCGACGCGGAUGCAGCGCGGGGCACGUGGCGAAACAGGCCAUGGAGACGGGGAGCGGCGGCGCAGGCGGAGGCGGGACGGCGGCGGCGGUGGCGGUGCCGGCGCCGCUGCGCGCCACGGUGUCGGCGCUGGAGCGCGAGGUGCAGAACGCGACGGGCUGCCCGGCGGCGCUGCUGGGGCUGGCCGCCGUCUUCGUGGCGCUCGUGGACGCCGCCGUCGCCAGGAACGUGACGGGCAGCGAGCGCGCCGCGCGGCGCCGGCCCCCGGCCGUGCCGGCGCCGCCCCCGGACGCCCCCUACGACUUCAUCAUCGUGGGCGGCGGCACCGCCGGCUGCGUGCUGGCCAACCGCCUCUCCGAAGUGCCUGACUGGAAGGUGCUGCUGCUGGAGGCAGGAGGCGAGGAGCCGUACGAGUCGCUGGUGCCGCCGUUCGCGCCGCUGCUGGAGAGCACGUGGGACUGGGGGCUGCGCAGCGCCGGGGGCGGCCGCGCGUGCGGCGGGGGCGGCUGCCCCUGGCCGCGGGGGCGGGGACUCGGCGGCUCCAGCGUGCUGGGCGGGGGCGUGUACGCGCGCGGCUUCCCGCAGGAUUACGAGCGCUGGGCAGAGCUGGGCAACCCCGGCUGGGGCUUCGAGGACGCCCUCAAGUACUUCCUGCGCUCCGAGGACAACCUGGACGCCGACGUGGCCGCCGACGGCCGCCACCACGCCAGGGGCGGCCCGCUGCCCGUGCAGAGGUACCCGUUCGUGGACGACAACGCGCGCGCCCUGGUGUCGGCGUUCCGGGAGCUGGGGCUGCGGGAGGUGGACGCUGCGGGCGCCGCCCCCGAGGGCGUGGCCGUCACGCAGGCGGCCAGCCGGGCAGGGGAGCGCGCCAGCGCCAACGCCGCCUUCCUGCGGGCGGCGCGCGCCAGGCCCAACCUCACCGUCCGCACCGGCGCCACCGUGACCAGGGUGGACAUCGACGCGGGCAGCCUGCGCGCGACCGGGGUGCGCUACGUGCUGGCCGGCUCCAACGCGACGCUGCGCGCCCGCGCCUCCCGUGACGUCAUCCUGAGCGCGGGGGCGGUGGCCAGCCCGCAGCUGCUCAUGCUGUCCGGCGUGGGCCCCAGCGAGUGGCUGCGGCCGCUCGGCAUUCCCGUGCUGAGGGACCUCAGCGUCGGCUACAACCUGCAGGACCUGGUGAGCUCCGGCGGCGUGACGCUGGUGCUGGGGCAGACCGCGACGGCGCCGCGACACCCCCGCCAGCAGCUGGUCGACCUGGCCAGGUACAUCCAGCUGGGCAACGGGCCGCUCUCCGCCACCGGCGUCCACCAGGUGACGGCGUUCGUGCGGUCGCAGUACGCGAAGCUGCCGCAGCACUACCCCGACAUCCAGUUCCUGUUCGAGUCCGAGUUGGUGCCGGUGAACGGCUCGGCUGUCGCGCCGCAGACGGCGCCCGCGGCCGACGCGUCCUGCUUCAGCGCCACCAUCGACAACGCGACGCGGGCCCUGGAGGCGCGGCUGCGCGCUGCCCCCAACGCCACAGCGGCCACCAGCGCCACAGACCCCUCGGACGCCACGCGGUGCCGCAGCAACGCCACGGCGCAGCCGCUGGCCUACUACAACCGCAUCGUGCUGCGGCCGGCGGUGUUGCGGCCGCGCAGCCGCGGCAUCGUCAGGAUAAACACGACGGACCCGCUGCGGCCGCCGCAGGUCUUCCCCGGCUACUUCUCGGAGCGGCGCGACCUCUACGUGCUGAUCGAGGCGCUGCUGGUGGGCGCGCGCCUGGCGCAGGCGCGCCCCUUGCGCGCCCUGGGCAUCACGCUCGACACCGCGCCGCUGCCGCGCUGCCGCGGCUUUCCGUUCGGCUCGUUCGCCUACUGGCAGUGCGUGGCGCUGCAGUACACGAAGACAAUGCACCACCCGGCGGGCACCUGCAAGAUGGGCGCCGCCUCCGACCCCAACGCCGUCGUGGACGCCGAGCUGCGCGUGCGCGGCGUCCGGGGCCUGCGCGUCGUCGACGCCUCCGUCAUGCCCUUCGUCGUCAGCGCCGCCUCCAGCGCGCCCGUCAUCAUGAUCGCCGAGAAGGCGGCCGACAUGAUCAAGCGGCGCUGGCUGUGGCUCCACAACUCGACGCUCGUCGCCAACGCGACGGCGGACGCGCCCGCGAUGCCCGAGAGGGUGCCGCCCGAGAGCGCCACCCGCAGGCCCGCGAGCAGCGGCGGCGCGGGGCCCGGCCUGCUGGCUGGGGGGACUCCAGUGCCUUCGCGUGGCAACAAAACUGCCGGCCACAAGGACACUUCCAAAACUCAAGUCAAGGGAUCUACAAUGUGGUGGCCUUUCUCCAACAUACCUUGGCAGAAACUGAAAAUAUGGUGAAGCUUCGUCGUUCUCGCACCACUGAUGUAUUUCUUGCCAAGAAAACUAUAACCGAAUCACCGUAUUACAUACAGACAACACGUUACGUAUCAAUGCGCUUGGAUCCAUGCUGUCCGAACGGAACCAAUUUCCGCAGAUCACCUCAACAACAAGUUGUACGAAACGGCUGUACCUGACAGAGGAAUUUCGCUGCGCACGUACACGUACAGUCGGUGCAAUCCAAUCCACGGUGGGUGACUCCACAUUCAGUGGUAGUACAGGUGACUACUACAGCGAAAAUGCCUACGUCCGUGCGCCUUGUAAUUAGUCUGAUUAUGUCUUUGUGGACUCUGUGAAGCAAUAUUUGGAUAAUAAUGUUCACACAUUCCAUCUAGAAAAAAAGAUCCCGGAAUUUAUAAUUAAUGCCUUUGUGAGGAACUAGACGUCUAUCACAACUCUCUGCUACUUCACAUUUUGUACCAUCUCCCUUACACUCUCCAAGGUUCUCAUUCGUUCUAUUGGCUGACGUUGUAGAAGAUUUAUUUCUCAUUUUAGUACAUAUAAUUCAGAUUCCACACAUCUGAACAAUAUUCACAGCAUACACCAUGCAAGUGUUUUAUACUCAAUCUCGGUAGUUAGAUUUACCUUCAACUGCGCCUACGUGUUUGAUCUUCAUAAACGCAAACAUUUCUAACUCCUGAGUUUUUAGAGUAAUUUACUUCAGUUGUGCCUUGUUGUUGUCGUUGUUGUUGUGGUUGUUAUCAUUUUCAGUUCGAAGAAUUGUUUUAUGCAGUCCUCCAUGCUACUCUGUCUAUGAGCUCUGGCUCAUCAUCUUCGAAUAAAUGCUGCAACUUACACCCUUCUGAGUGUGCUUACUGUCUCUUGGUCUCCCUGUACGAAUUUUCUCCCCAAACUCCCCUCCAAUUCCAAGUUGGUAUCCCUUGAUGUCUCAGAAUGUGUCCUACCAACCGAUUCCUUCUUUUGCUCAAGUUGUGUUACAAAUUUCUUUUCUCCUCUGUUCUCCACAGUACCUCCUGAUUAGUUGCGUGAUCAACCCAUCGAGUCUUCAAAAUUCUUCUGUAGCACCACAUUUCAGAGACUUCUGUUAUUUUUUCGCCUAAAUAGUUAAAUCGUCCACGUUUCACUUCCAUACAUGGCUACAUCUCUAGACAAGUAGUUUAAAAAACGACUUCCUAAUACUUACAUCUGUAUUCGAUGUUAACAAAUUUCUCUUCUUCAGAGAUGCUUCUCUUGCCGUUUCCAGUGUGCAUUCUAUAUCUUCUCUACUUCAGCCAUGACCAGUUUUUUUCUGCCUAAAUAGUAAUACUCAUCUACUAUUUUAAAGUGCCUCAUUUCCCAAUUUAAUUCCCUGUGCGUUACCUAGUUUAAUUCGACUACAUUUCUUUAUCCUUGCUUUACUUUUAUUGGUGUUAUCUUGUGUCGUUUGAAGACAAUGUUCCUUUCAACUGCUCCCCCAAGUCCUCUACUGUCUCCUACAGAAUUACAAUGUCAUCGACAAACCUCAAAGUUUUUAUAGCUUUUCCCUUUUCCUACUCCAAUUUUUUCUUUGGUUUCCUUUACUGCUUUUUCAAUGUUCAGAUUGAAUAUCAUUGAGGACAGGCUAUAGCCCUGUCUCACUCUCUUCUCAACCAGCGUUUCUUUUUCAUGACCCUCGACUCUUAUAACUGCCGUCUAGUUUCUGUACAAGUUGUAAAUAGCCUUUCGCUCUCUGUAUUUUAUCCUUGCUACUUUCAGAAUUUCAAGAGUAUUCCAGUCAAUGUUGUCGAAAGCUUUCUCUGAGGCUACAAAUGCUAUAAAUGUAGAUUUGCCUUACCUUAACCUUUAUUCUAAGGUAAGUCGUAAGAUCAAGUGUUUCCUCGCGUGUUCCUACAUUUUUCCGGAAUCCCCGGGGUCAACUUCUACCAGUUUUUCUAUUCUUCUGUAAAUAACUUUUGUUAGUAUCUAGCAGCGAUAACUUUUUACAUUGACAGUUCCGUUAUUCCCACAUUUCAUGGCAUUAUUACGUUCUUCUUGACGUCUGAGGGUAUUUCGCCUGUUGUUGCCUAUCAGUAGCAUAGUCGAAGAUUAUUACAUUUUGCAUGCUAACUGAAGUCAGCAUUACGAACUUUAGUAGAAAGGUCGCUAUGGCAAUAGCGAAUAGCGUUUAAGCGGACCUCUAACCAUAAUAGAUCCUCAACAGGCACGACGGUCAGGUUGGAACCAGGUCAGCAACGCAGCUGACUUCACUGUGCAAUAGGAUGUGGGACGAAGACCAUGCGAAUCAAUAAGUCCUGCACCAGUGAGAGUCACAGUACAGUACGUUACAUAAGCUGCCAAGAGAAAGAACAAGCGGAUUCAAGGAUUACUAGUAAUUUUUGAUGCAACCUGCAUUACUUGUUCAUAUUGGCACUGCAUUUACUGGUGGUAAUGUGAGACAUUCGAAGAGGCUAAGGCUGUGGAGCUUCUCUCGAAGAGUUAUAAUUUACUAGUGCAUUCCUUUUUUUUUACUUUUAAGGUUUAAAUUUUUUAACGCUGAAAAAAUUAUUUGAAAUGCCAUCGUGAACACCUUUCUUCACUCUGGUUUAAAUACGUAGGAUAAAUGAUUGUUUCUUCCCGCUUCUCCUACUGCCAAUCACUAAACGAGUCCAGAGAGAUCGUGUCCAACGGUUUGUAUUCAUUUCGAGGCGUUACAUAUUACUGUCUGCACUAUUCUGUGGUUCCUAAUACUGAGAAAAAGAAAUACUGUGACGGAUAUAAUUCAGAACGGAGCAAGACCACGCUAGUGUCUCAUUGGUCUGGCCAUUUCCACUGAGAAGUAAGGAAACAAAUCAACAAUGCCUUACGAUAUCAAUCGGUUCCUAGGAUAUUUAUCAAAACCUCCGUAAUAGAGAUGGUUCGGAGGAAACGAGGAGUAACAGCUUCACCGAUCUCUGAUUCUAACUGCAGGAUACCAAUUUUUGAGAGACCUCGUACGAAUUGGAUUUUCUGCUAUUCAAUCGAUAUCCCUACGGACUCAACCUUCUCAAAUGUAAGAUACAACUAAAGAUAGAUGCAGAAAUUUGAAUGACUACACUAAAAAAAGUGGAUAUCUCAUUUGUCACCAAACUAAUUUCCUACACAGAAGCAUCUUUUUGAAUCUGACAAUAAUCAGAUAGCAAGGAAGUUUACAUGAUUGUACAUUUUAUCAUCUGUAACAUAUGUGUUACUUCUGUUACAUUCAGUUGUUAUUUAUUUACUGGUCAAACUGUUAAUUUGUUACUUUUUACCACACAAAAUAAAAUUAUCUAUUGGUUUUGUUA